AUGGUCAGGCUAUAUUCUCUGGUCAUACUUUCACUGGUUGCUGUUGCCUUUGCAGUUCCUACAGUCCCAGCCGAAAACUCGGAAUCUCUGCGUCUCAUCCGCACUAGCGUUGACAAAGACCCCUUCUGGACCACUGAAAAGGAAAGAUUGGACCUCAUCCAGAAGAAUGUUGGCUUUAUGGAUAUUACUGAUCAUCAGCAAGCUGAGAAUGUUAAUGCUCUUGCCGUGCUACAAAAGAAGCCUCUUCCAACAACUGUCUCUCAGCAGUCCACGUUCGCUCGAUAUGUGGGCAAGUUGAAGAUUGAGAACAUGGAGUCUGUCCUGGUCCCAUUUACUAAGUUCCACAACCGCUAUUACGAGGUGCAGACUGGCCUUGCUUCCGCCAAGUGGCUCCAAAGACGAAUCAGUAACAUUAUUUCCAAGACCAGCAAAAAAUCUAAAGCCAGUGUCCGUCGAUUCAAGCAUAGCUUCAUCCAGUUUUCCAUAAUUGCUCGAAUCGAGGGUACAGAUCCUCAUUUGAAGGAUGCUCCCAUUAUCCUUGGUGCUCACCUAGAUUCUAUCAAUUCGAACAACCCUAUUCAUGGACGUGCUCCUGGAGCAGAUGAUGAUGGCUCUGGUACUGUUGUUAUCCUUGAGGUCUUCCGCGCUCUCCUCAAUGGCGGUUUCAAACCGGUUCGUCCCAUCGAGUUCCACUGGUAUGCGGGCGAAGAAGGUGGUCUGUUAGGCUCUCAGGAUAUUGCUGAGCGCUACAACAGAAAUGGCAUUGAGGCAUAUGCCAUGCUCCAGAACGAUAUGACCGCAUACACUGGUAAAAAAUACCCUCCACACUUUGCUCUUGUUACCGAUUUCGUUGAUCCCGAGUUGACCGCUCUUAUCAAGUUAUAUGCCGAAACUUAUGCUGACAUCGAUGUCCGCGAGAAUGAGUGCGGCUAUGGAUGCUCUGACCAUGCUUCUUGGACCAAAUAUGGCUAUCGUGCCUCAUUUGCGAUCGAAGCUAUCGAUGAUAACCCUUUAUUCCAUACUGCCGAGGAUGACCUUCCAUUGAUUGAUUACAACCAUAUGAUGCAAUUCGCUAAGCUGUCUCUUGCUUUCGUUAUCGAGUUGAGUAGCUUUAGCGGAUAA